AGUUAACUAUCCAAACACCAAAGUUAACUGUCUUUCUCAGAAAACAAAGCUGUCAGUGUGAGCAGUGAAAUGGCUGAAGGUGGAGUUUUACUGGAUCAGGACCAGUUCAGCUGUUCAAUCUGUCUGGAUCUACUGAAGGAUCCAGUGGCUAUUCCCUGUGGACACAGUUAUUGUAUGGGCUGUAUUAAGGACUACUGGGUUCAGAAUGAUCAAACUGGUGUCUACAGCUGUCCCCAGUGUAGAGAGACCUUCACUCCAAGGCCUGUUUUAAGAAAAAACACCAUGCUGGCUGAAGUGGUGGAGAAACUGAAGAAGACAGGACUCCAAGCUGCUCCUCCUGCUCACUGUUUCACUGGACCUGGAGACGUGGUGUGUGAUGUCUGCACUGGGGAAAAGGGCAAAGCCGUCAAGUCCUGUCUGGUGUGUCUGGCCUCUUACUGUGAAACUCACCUCAAACUUCAUGAUGAACUCCACCCAGGAAAGAGACACAAGCUGACCGAUGCCUCUGGAAACCUGCAGGAGAAGAUCUGCUCUCGUCAUGACAAACUGCUGGAGAUUUACUGUCGUACCGAUCAGCAGUGUAUCUGUUAUCUGUGUACAAUGUAUGAACACAGCGACCAUAAAACAGUCUCAGCUGCAGCAGAAUGGACUGAGAAACAGAAGCAGCUGGGGGUGACACGGGGUGAUUUCCAGCAGAGAAUCCAGGAGAGAGAGAAGGAGCUGCAGGAUCUGAGACAGGUUGUGCAGUCACUCAAGCGCUCUGCACAGGCAGCAGUGGAGGACAGUGAGAGGAUCUUUACUGAGCUGAUCCGCUCCAUUGAGAGAAGGUGCUCUGAGAUGAAACAGCUGAUCAGAGAUCAGGAGAAGGCUGAAGUGAGUCGGGCUGAAAGACUCCUGGAGCGACUGGAGCAGGAGAUUGCUGAGCUGAGGAGGAGAGACGUUGAGCUGGAGCAGCUUUCACACACAGAGGAUCACAUCCAUUUCCUCCAGAGCUGUCAGUCUCUCUGUGUCCCUCCUGGACCUGAAGACUUUCCCAGCUUCAAAGUGAGCCCACGUGUCGAUUUUGAGGGUGUGAGGAAAUCUGUCUCUGACCUGAAAGAGCAGCUAGAGGACAUCUGUAACGGAGAAUUCAGCAAAAUCUCUCAAACAGUGAAAGACAUCCAUAUCCUUGAGCCCAGGACCAGAGACGACUUCUUACAAUAUUCCUGUCAGCUCACACUGGACCCCAACACAGCUCAUAAACACCUCUGUCUGUCUGAGGGGAACAGAAAGGUGACCCAUAUGAAAGUAAUCCAGACAUAUCCAAAUCACCCAGAGAGAUUUGACUACUGGGAGCAUGUGCUGUCCAGAGAGGGUCUGUCUGGAUGCUGUUACUGGGAGGCUGAGUGGAGUGGGAAUGGGGUUACUUUUGCAAUGUCAUAUAAAGACAUCCGUAGGAAAGGGGAGGGUGAAGGCUCUCAUCUGGGAUAUAAUAACAAGUCCUGGACUGUACACUGCUCUCCCUCCAGAUUCUGUUUCACCCACAAAAGUAGGGCUACUGAAAUCCCUGUUCCUUCCUCGUCCUCCAGAAUAGGAGUGUACCUGGAUCACAGGGCAGGAACUCUGUCCUUCUACAGCGUCUCUGACUCAAUGACGCUCCUGCACAGAGUCCAGUUCACAUUCACUCAGCCCCUCCAUGCUGGCUUUAGGGUUUGGCAUCUUGGAGACUCUGUAAAGCUGUGUGAUCUGUGAGGAGGCAGAGAGGGAAGGAAAGAUAGAAGUGUACCUGUUUGAUGUCAGCAGUCUGAACAGCAGAAACCCUGCCCACCUCCCCACUGUAGUCAGAACAGCAGAAACCCUGCCCACCUCCCCACUGCAGUCAGAACAACAGAAACCCUGCCCAUCUCCCCACUACAGUCAGAACAGCAGAAACCCUGCCCAUCUCCCCACUGCAGUCAGAACAGCAGAAACCCUGCUCCUCUCCCCACUGCAGUCAGAACAGCAGAAACCCUGCCCAUCUCCCCACUGCAGUCAGAACAGCAGAAACCCUGCCCAUCUCUCCACUGCAGUCAGAACAGCAGAAACCCUGCCCAUCUCCCCACUGCAGUCAGAACAGCAGAAACCCUGCCCUUCCUCUUGUCAUAUUACUCAGAUAAUUGAACAGCUGCCUCUCCAAUGGUUGAUAGACCUACCCAGCUAACAUGGAACAUUCUGGGAAUGUUCACUUAUCUAUAGAUUCUAAGAUGGUUCCACUGUAACGUUAUAAAAAUAACAUGACUGGAACUUCCUAGACAUGUGAUGUAAGAAUGUACUUCAUCAUAUUUUUGAACGUUGCUCACAUAACAUUCCCAAGAUAAUGUUCCUGUGUCAUUCUGUAAACGUGAUUUAAGAAUUUUCUUAAAAAUCUUUUUUCGUAGACCGUUGCACAGAACGUUCCACAGUUUCCCAAAAAAAUGACAAGUUCAGGUUACCUACAAAAAGAUUAAUAUAACUAUACUGCAACGUUGUGAGAAUGUUAAGAAAUGUUCCAAACAAACGUUCUGAAAACUCGCAGAAAACUUGACAAAUUGAACGUUCUGGGAGCCAAAACUAACUACCUAACUACAUACACCACAGUUAGACCUAGUUUUAGGCUGCCGGUUUCUGAAUGUUUAUUUUCAAAAUAACGGUCACCUACUGUAAGAGAUGCAUUAACAGAAGUUAGAAUUAUGAGCUGAUCCACUUGAUGUGAUACCACCUGCUUGUACCUUCUGUAUUACUUUCAUGAUCCAACGGUAUUUUUUACAUUUUGGCAGAUGCAACAUAGGCUAAAUCUGUCAAUGUUAACUUCAAUGUUAGCUCAAAAAUGCUAAGUUUCAGAAAGGACUGGUACAUGGGACUGGAGGAAGCAGAGAUACAAAUGAAGACAUGCGAAUCACUUGAACAUAGUGUUGAACAGUGAUACCAAGACUGAUUUACCAGCAUUAGCCUGCUGCCAAAAACAGUAGCUCAAAAGUAUUUUGCAAAUGAACAUAGCCUGCUACAUUUACAUUUUCUUUUAUUUAGCAGACGCUUUUAAUCCAAAGCGAGGAAGUGCACAAGUUCCUCAACAAGUGAAAAGCAUAAAAUCCAAAAACAAUAGUCAUAGUAAGUGCGUUUAUUGCAACAGUAACACUUGAACAAAAACAGUCACAUUGCUUGGAAUAUUGGCUUAAUUUGCCAUAGCAGCCUACUUUUCACUACAUAUUGUAUAUUGACACUUCUUUGAAAAAUCGUAGCUCCUUGUCUUUUAUGGUUAUAUUUUUAGACUAAUAUAGCAGCAUUUCCGUCCUAUGGAGACUUGUUUGCUAGGUUAAAAUCACACUUGGUUGAUUAUUAAUGGGCCUUCUGGGCCUUCUUGAUGACUUCACACUUGGUAUUCCUCAGACUAACACUAUUCUCUGGAAUGUUCUCCACUAGUGUACACCACUCUGGAUAAGAGCAUCUGCUCAGUGACUGUAAUGUAAUGUGAUUGAAUGUCUUUAAUAAGUAGCUUGGUGCUGAAAUAGCCUGAUUUGAUUAUCAUGACACUUUAUUAAAUAUUGAAUAAUGCUAAUACUUGUACUCUGGGUAACUCUUGCGGUCUGUCAUACUAAUAUUUCAUGUUCUUGGUGCAGGUAAUAAAACACUUGACAUCUCCUUUCA